AUGCGCUUCGUGGAUACAUUUUUCCAACAUGCAUACAGCAGCAAUCCAUUCAUCCACAAAGCCUCCUUCAACGUCAAUACUGCAUCCCGGUCCCUCGUUCUAGCUAUCUUACUCUUCGGCUUAACGUAUGCCUCCCCCGAGAGUGCCUCUGCUUAUAGCGAGUAUUUCGGUAUGGUUGAAUAUCUCAUCUUCGAGGGACCAGAAUUCCAGCAAUUGUUACGCCAGAAGGACCAUCCGGUCGUUUCCACGGCAAUUAUACAGCUUGUUCAAGCGGCAAUACUCAUAAUCGAACUACAAGGCUCACAAGCUAAAGUGGAAAUAAAGAGACGGAUUCGAGUGCAGAGACUACCGGCUUUAAUAUUCGUGGUUCGAUUGUUGAAUCUUACCAAAAUGGUGAACGAUACAAUUCUUGAUAGCCACGUUGUCACGUUAGAGGAAUAUUUGCGCAAAGAGACCCUUGUGAGGGUAAUGGCAUGGGUUUAUCUUGUUGAUGCCCACUGUGUCAUAUUUUAUCACUCGCCUCCUCAGAUCAGACUCUUUGAAGCGGACUUUAGUCUUCCUAUGCACGAUACUAUUUUUGACGCGAUCCACCCAGACGAAACGAGCAGUGUUACCUUGGAUCAAAGAUCUCAGGCUUCACCAUUGACUCUCCGAUCAGUAGUGCAAAGGUUGAUGGAGGAUAAGCCCAUUGAUCAAGAAGCAGAGCCUCCACAAGUCAAUAGUCUCUUCGGAUUAUUCCUUAUCCUAAGUGCACUUCACUGCGUCUUAUUCGACCUCCAAGCAAUUGCGAAUAUCACCAAUACCCCAGACACCUUGAAACCUAUAGAACGUGCAUUGGAUAGGUGGAAGCUUAUAUGGGACUCGAAAUAUACGGAGCAUCAGCUAUCAUCUAUAGGCCCGUCGGGAUUUAUGGUUCAUGCGUUGGAGUUCUGGUGGCUGGGGAAGAGGUUAGUGAAAAAUCCGCAUAUGUUUAGUAUGAGAGGAGAAGUUGCGGCAGAUUCGACGGGGGCUUUCCAUGAGAUGAUUAAGAGCCUUAAGGGAGGGCAGAUGGAUCAAGAUGUCUCGCAACUGCCUGUUGGUUAA